AUGGGAGAGAAAGCUUCUGUCGAGGGCGGACAGCCGAAUGAUGUUAUGCCCAAUGCUAGCAACAUCCCUGCUGGAUAUCCUGUCGACUGGUCGAUUCUCGACGGACCGAUCAGACCCAAGAUCGCUGGCCCUUCUGUUCCCCGCGACUUCCUGAAUCCCACGUAUCCACCCUCCCCAGGGCGCCAGAAGAUCGGUGGCCCUACUGUUUAUCACAACGUUCAGAAUUGGAACGCCCCUGCAGACCCUCUGCAGACUCGUGCCUCAGCUAGCAGCGUGCCUGCUGGAUAUCCUGUCGACUGGUCAAUUCUCGAUAGACCGACCAGUCCCAAGAUCGCGGGCCCUUCUGCUCCCCGCGAACUCCAGAAGCCCAUCAAUCCACCCGACCCAGGGCGCCAGGAGAUCGGCGGACCCACUGUUCAUCACAGCAUUCAAAAUUGGAACGCCCCUGCAGACCCUCUGCAGACCUCCGAUAUCCAAUCGAGGUUGACAUCGGUCAAGCAAGAGAACGAAAGUUCUAAAGACGCACCUCCAAGCAUUGACUCGCGCACAUCCAACAAACGUGAAAGACGUCUGAAGUUCUCGCCGGUAGACCUUCCCAUCCUCAGGAAGGCCGCUGCGCAGGCCAAGGAUUGGAAUCUCUUAGCUUAUCUCAAUAACGAACCUCCUCCGGGUCCCCCUCCAGGCAGUGACUUGCACUCGUCCAGAAUACGUGAAAGACGUCUGAAGUUCUCGCCGGUAGACCUUCCUAUCCUCAGGAAGGCCGCUGCGCAGGCCAGGGAUUGGAAUCUUUUAGCUUAUCUCAAUAACGAACCUCCUCCGGAUCCCCCUCUGACAGAUGGUUACCCAUACAGAUCGGUCUUCAUCGACAUGGAUACAGGAAGGCGUGCCCGUCUGGGCAGUCAGCGCAAAGGUUCGAACAUUCUCGACCCCUCCGAAGACGACUUGGACGAAGAUUUGGGCGAGGGCUCUAGCACGCGCAGUGCCCCCAUUGGACACGCUUUCCUUAGUACCCUCGGGCAGGACACGCGUCCCCGGUCUCGAUGUUGA